AUGGCAAGCUCUACAACAAUGCUGCUUCCCGAUCGACUGUCGAAAUCGACAUCUCCUGGGCGAGAGAGCAGAUUUCUGGACCUCCGAACGAUACUCCUGCUGCUGAAAGUCGUCUUUGCCGUUGUGGUCACAGCACUGUACGGCAUCGAUCUCCACCGUGCCACCGAAACUUCAAAGCGAGCUCAGGCCAGCUGGAUCUUUGCAGAAGUCGUCGCCGCUCUGUCAAUGUUGACUUGUGCUUUUCACUGCGUCAUCAAGCUGAAGUCGAUGGCCUGGGUGUUCUGGAAUUUUGUUCUUUUCAUCUUCUGGACAUCCCUCUUCGGGUUUUUCGCUUCGCUGUACUUGUCGCCGACGAAGUCCAACGAAGAAUACUCUUUGACCAGCUCUGUCGAUCGGAUGCUGGCGGCAGUCUGGAUCGAUCUUGUCAAUAUGCUUCUGUGGCUCGUGACCUUUGUGCAAGGUGUUGCAUGGUGUUGCACCGGCCUUCGCCGGUCGAAAGAGACGGAAGGCCAGGCAAGCCAGAUGACGGGCGUGGAGAGCAGGAGGCCUUCGAGCGUGGAUGAGGACGAGAAGUCAAUCGGGUUUGCAAAGUCUGGAAAACAAGACGAAGCAUUGGCUGAAGGAGAGCGUGACACGAAGAGGACAACCUUCUUGCCAAGCUACAGCCAGACAGUGGAGCGGUGA